GGAGUGCGGUGGCACCGAGGCUGCGGUGUCCUCCUUCCCCGCACCCCCGGUUUGGGGGGGUCCCGGCGGUGCCCCGGGGCCGGCCCCGGGCGGGAGGAAGGGCGGGGUGAGGAUGGCGUGUGGGACUCGAAAUGCGGCCAAGCGCCGCUGCCGGGGCUUCUUCGCUGGGGAAAAGCGAGUGUGUGCGGGGCGGGGGGAGCCCCGCACGGGCAGGUCCGCAGCGCCGCCGCCCGCCAUGAGCCGCUCCCGGAGCUUCGCCUCCCCGCGUAGAAAAAUAAAAACAUAAAGGGGGCAGGGCGCGGGAGCCCGCGGCAUUCCCGGCGCGGGGAACACGCGUGUGUGCGGGGGGCCCCCCGCCGCACCGCAGCGUGCGGGCGCCGAGCGCGAUGCGCCCCGGGCUGAGCUCUGCGGAAUAGCGCGGCCGCCGCUCGCCGUCCGCGGGCUGGACGGACCCGACCGCUGGCAAUUCCCUAUUGAUGUCCAUGAAUGCAAACACCAUGAUUUUCAUGAUCCUGGGCGCCUCUAUCGUUAUGGCAAUAGCUUGCUUGAUGGACAUGAAUGCGUUGUUGGACAGAUUUCACAAUUACAUCUUACCGCAUCUGAGAGGGGAAGACCGAGUUUGUCACUGCAACUGUGGAAGGCAUCAUGUCCAUUAUGUUAUCCCAUACGACGGGGAUCAGUCAGUGGUGGACUCCUCAGAGAAUUACUUUGUGACUGACAAUGUAACCAAGCAAGAGAUUGAUCUGAUGCUGGGACUUUUGCUGGGCUUUUGUAUAAGCUGGUUUCUGGUGUGGAUGGAUGGGGUUCUCCACUACGCAGUGCGAGCCUGGAGAACCAGCCGACGGUAUGACAAUUCCUGGUCUUGGAUUCCCAAAUUUUGUAACUUAAAGGAGUUCAGAAAACGUCACCACAGGCAGUACGAGGAGGCGACCGGGAACAUGGUGCACAUCAAACAGAAGCUGUACCACAACGGGCACCCCAGCCCACGGCACCUCUGAGGAAUGCCUUCCCCUCCAGAGACUGCAGUGAGCUUUUAAAAAGGACUUUGCUCUUCUUCCAGGGGAACAGCUACAGGUUUGCUCCUCUGUGGAAGCCAGCCGAGGACACAAUUUUACUCAUCCAUCUCGUGUGUCCCUGUGGCACACCAGGAUGCACAACUAAGCCAGUCCUGGAUGCUACGCAGCCAAGACAUUGCACUGUGUUCCACAUUUUAUUGUCAGACUUGUGUAUAUAUGUAAAAAGCAAACAGACACAAAAAAAGAGAAAAGAGAUUUGCAUUAUACUUUCAACCCCCUUUUCCUGCCAUCCACGGCUGUCCUGCACAUCCAGCUACCCGACAGGGAAUGUUGGCCGAGGGUAUGGAGCUGGGACAACAUGAAGAAGAUGCAGAGUUUCUCAUCCAGGAGCUCAAAUCCCCCCGUUUCUUUGGUCCUUUGGCUUGGUUUUGCUCUGCUCUGUUUCUCCCCUUGCUAGAAUGGCUUGGCUGGGCCCAGGUUUGGAAGGGGACUGCUGCCUGCUGGUUGUGAAGGCACAGUGUCCCUUUUGCUUUGGUUCCUGGUUUGGGGAGUUGCUGUGGGGGAAAGGAAGUCCUGGGAAUAUAUAACUGAUCUGUUGUUUGCAUUGCUGUACACUGAAACCUGCCUUAAGCAAUCCAAGACAUCUUAGCACCAGGGGAACAGUACUAUAAGGGAUCAGUCUGUCUAAUGGGGCUGGUGCUGCCUGGUUCCCACCACUUUUAUACUGGUGGUACCUGGCUGAUGCCAGUGCUGUUGUUCUUCACCAGUGCUGGAGAGGAGUUGCUCCUGGUACGGGGGGAGAAGUGUAUUGAGUUGAACAAUGCUAGAUCUGACUUGCACCCUGACCAUACCCCUCUGCUGCAUAACCACCACCCACCCCUUGCCUGGAGGAAAGGAGCUGCUCUCCCCUCUUCUUAGAGGGUGAGCCUGAGGCCCUGGUUCAUACCACCUUAGGAAUGCUGCUGAUGCACUGAGAGGGUCCUGUUACCACCCUCACUCUUCCUGCACAUGAACAACCACCUUCUUCUUGUGUUACUGCUCCGAGCUGAAAUAACAUCAGCAGCAGGCUGGGCUUGGCUUGAGGCACACAGAGAGAUGUGGGCCUGAAGCUAAACUCAUCCACAGAGCCCAACGUCCCCAUAAUGGAUGGAAUCAAAGUGUGAGGAUGCUCUAACAUGGUUUUGCCUUUGCUUCCCCUGGUCACAGCUUAUGUGGGGGUUUCAAGGUAGCUCUCAAGUGUCUGAAACCAACCUCAACAUCCAGAGACCUCCUUCACUUGCAAUAAGAGAUGCUUGAACAUGUCGAUAAAGCCCAUGUGCACUAGGCAGCGUGGUGGUAUCUGACUCCUGUAGCAGUCAUGUUCUGCUGCAGGAGAGAAGCAAAUGCCCCCAGCCUGCAUUGCUUUGGCACAGGCUGGGCAGCAGACAGCAGUAUCCCUGCUGACUGCAGUGGGUAGCCCUGAAUCCCAGUCAUCUCUCCUUCAUUCAUCAUUCUGUAUUGAGUGGGCUUGUGUUUAAAUGGGGAAAACAUCCAAAACAAAAGGAUUAUGAAUAUUACCAGAAACUGCUGUUUUCUUCUACGGAUUCCUUGACUCUGUCAAUGGCCUCCUAUUGUCUGAUUGCAAUGGCUGUGAAGGGAAAAGGACACCAUCACUACCUGCUCUCUCUCUCCCUGCUUCACCUUCUGUGUCUUGAGUUUGUUUUUCAUUCUCUCCUAUGCCCAGGAUCAGUUAUUUACAAGCCCCAAAGCUGGCCAAGAGCCACACAUACCUGUUUGCCAUUCCUACCUUAGCUAUUCCCUAGUGCCUCUUGUCUUGGAGCCCCAGUCUGGGCCUAAAUAAUUGCCUGGUCUAUACUUAUGUCUGUCUUGUCCUUCAGGACUUCCUCUGGUUGUAACCUCUGCAGCCACUGUUAGUACCUAAAGAAUGACUUUUCCUUAAGCAGCUCCUUUCCAAGACACAGCCUCGCAACCACCCUCCCUGUAUGAGCUGUGGCAAUGUGGGCUCAUCCUCAAGGGGCAUAAGCUGCAACCUUCACUGGAGUGUUGCUCAUGCAGUGCCAGAUGAGGUCUGGCCAAGCAGCAGUUCUGUUUGUGAUGGCACACACUUCACUGACAGCAAAGAACAGGGACCAUGUUACACAGCACAUACAUGUCAUGGGCAUGUCUUCAGAUGGGAUGACAUUUUGCAGGGGGGAACAUUCUGUCAUGAGAAGGACAAAUCCUGAGUCUCUGGACUGGUUGCGGGAUUAAAAGCACUUUAAAUACUCUUUCCACUUGGGGCAUCUCACAAGAGAGACUUAAAGUUGUGGCCUAAACUCAGACUGAAUUGAAAGUCUGGUUCUGCCCUGCUCUAGCAACUGACCUUAGUUGAAUUAUCAUUAAAUAGGAGCCUUCCAUCUGGAAAGAGUGAAGGGAUGGUUAAGUCUUAUCCACACCAGAAUUUCAGAAGAACAGGAGGCUCUGGAAUAGAGGGAAGAAAUCUUACAUGAUAUUCCCAUUGGUUAAGAACAGAUUGGAUUCAACCUGCUGUGUCAGCAGUUAUUACCCUCUCUCUUGUUUGCACUUAGUCAAAACAUCAACCAAAACAUCCUCUUGGUGCAGUUGGAUUUACUGCGAGUAAUUCACUGGUCUUAAAUUCAAAGAAAUCAGAAAUAUUCUCAUAGGACAAGGUUGUCCCAGCACACACUAAACCAAUGGGAUUAAUCCUGGGGAACUGACCAGGGCUUUGAUUCUUAUCCUUAACGAAUAAGGGACAAAGUUCCUUCCUGUGCAAUAAGGUCAGGUCCUAUUCCUGACCCAAGAGAUCUGGUGCAUCUUCUGUGCAGGGAGGAUGUCAAACAGCUUAACGGAGACACAAGGUCAAAUUGUUUGAGGUGCCUUUUCCUCCGAGUUUAGGAAGCUACUGUAGAUGUGACCCUCAUCAUAGAGAUCAGAAUAUGCCAGUUGCUGGGAUGGGAUAACCUUGCACACCGAGUAAGGCUGCAGUGAUGAGAGGCCAGGUUGGACAGGGCUUGGAGCAACCUGCUCUAGCGGAAGGUGUCCCUGCCCAUGGCAGGGGGUUGGAGCUGGAUGAGCUUUAAGGCCCCUUCCAACCCAAAUCAUUGUGUGAUUCCAUGAGAUCUCCCUGCACAGGGGCAGCCCAGGCCCCAUAUGCCAUUUAACCUGUGGUGGUGUGCAGGAGACUCUUGUUCCCAACAGCCAAGUGUCUGCCAUGUCUUCUCUUUGGGGAACAAAGCCCAUGGAGAAACAGAAGGUAAAAGAGGCAGCAGCUUGUUGGGUGUUGCAGAACCCCAGUACCAGCACUGCAUCCUGCUCUCUCUCUGCUUCACAUCAGCACUCCUGUCCCUACCCCGUCCUGCUUGAGGUGUGAGCCUCACCAACCCUGUCUGAUGUGUGGUCUCUUGUUCCUCUGUCCAAGUGAGGUUGCUCCUGUUGCUCGCAGCACGGUUGUCUGUAGUCUGCUGUUGCACUGUCUCCUGUGCAUGUGUUCGUUUUGCUUUCGUCUGGUUGUGGGGGUGUUUUCUCCUUGUUUAAUUGUCUGAGAUGUUCUAGUGUUGACUCGUUUGUUGUUCUCUUGCCUCUGAUCCAGUCUUCACACACAAUCAAAAAGAACAUAGAUUGAAACAACAACAACAACAACAACAAACCCCAAACCCAGCAACAACCCCGAACAAGCAAGGGUUCAGCUGGGAGGAAGUGACUUUGGCAUCAGGGAGUUGACACAACAAGGUCAGGGCUAGGCAAGCGCGUGGUCAGAACCUGGGCAAGAGACAACACAGGGAUGCAAAGCUUCCAGCUGGCAGCUGUGUCUGCAAAGGCAGCUCCAUAGGGACAAAGGAGUGGGAAGCGUGCGCCACGUCUCAGCACUCAUCCAACCAGAUGCUUUGAGGGAGGCUUCUGCAGCCUCGGGUAGUGGAGGGGGGGGUUUGUGCCGCCUCAGGAGGGGCUAUUUUUAGAGCAGAGAUGGAGCUUAAAACUACAUCCAGAGCUGGGAUUGGCAUUGGGAACGUUCUCCUGCACGUUUGGUGUGAGGAGCCCAGGUUCGGCUGCCUGCACCCCCAAUGGCUGCGUGCUGGUGGCUGGGAUGUGCUGCAAAGGAGAGGUGUGGGAAGGCAGGAAGAGAAAAGCAAAGGCUCAUGGAAUCCAUCCUGUCGAGCUGUAGCUCCUUGUUACCAGCACUGCUGAAUAAAGCCCUUACCCCUCAGUGAGGUCCCUGAGGGUAUCAUGGAGCUAAACCCAUUCCACACCAGCCUCUUUCUGUUCUUACCACCUCCUUCCUUCUCAGUCCCAGUCCUGUGUGUGGUCACUGCGUGUCUGUGUGUUUAGAUCCGUGUGUGUCAUCACGUGUUCACUGCAUGAAGCCCAUUCCUCUUCUUUAGAGCCUCCCCUUCAUUUCACUCAUGUCUUUCCCAAUGGGGUUGCCAGUUCCCAUCCCCUCUCCAAGCUGAGCCCUGGGAUUUCCAUGGAGGGGUGACACCAGAGGGAUGGCUCAUCCUGUGAGGCACUAAGCACCCGCAGCUCACAGUGACCAAGGCAGUGGGAACCCUUGGAGGGCAGAGCACAUAGAUCAGGAAUAGGUUUCAAUAGUGUUCUGCAGUGGGAAUACAAGGACAGAACUUGGGAAUGCUGUUUUCCCUCUUUGUUGAUCCUUCUUUACUUUGUUCUGCACUCAGACCAAGUUUGCAUGCAUCAGACAGGAAGAGCUACCACACGUUGAUACUAACAGGGAGGGAGAUUAUACUCUGCUCCGAGUCUAAUCACAGAAUAAUCUCUCCUGUGGUUGAAAAGCAAUAAUGGCCAAUUUCUCUUAUCAAAUACACUUGCCCAGGCAAAGGUCACCUCCAGCAGUGUGUGCUGGGGGGUGACAGUGCUGUGCUGAGGCGAAAGGGAGCAGCAGAGAGCUUGGGGGUGGCGGGAGGCAAUAGAAAAAGCACACUGUGAUUUCCUUUGGGUCAACGAGCGAGUGUGUUUCAGCCAUUCUUUCCCUUUCAGUCAGAUGUUUGUACAAUAGAGGAACCACUUCAGCUCCGGAACCUUCAGCCCCGUCCUUUGCUGUUUGUCAGUAAAAUAGUUUUUUGCAUGUUU